GUGCGUGAAGGACUCGAUUUUGCUGAUCUGCCGUUCAGUGAUCAAAUGAUUGUAUUUUCAUCAUCAAGUCACAAAUGUCCAUGGUAUUUAUCAUCAACUGCGUUCUGGUUGUUCAGUAUACUGUUGAUGAGUUGGCCUUUAAGGCUCAUUUGUGAACUGCAGACGGCACAUGUCAACUAUCAAGUCACUAAACUUUUUGGUACCAAUUAUUUGAGUCCAUCGAGUGUCAACUAUACGGGUCCAUUAACACGAACGUCCACCAUGGACAGUCGAGAGUUGGAACUAGCAGCAGCUCAACGUGACAGUUAUUUGAUCGUUCCCAGCUAUAGUGAGGCUAUGUUGCUGGAACCGUCUCCAGCCACGAAUCAGAUCUAUCUAUCGAAUGAUCACUAUCGCAAUCGAACUCGGCCACUGGUGUCGUGCAAUGAGAAUGUUGUGCUGACCAAUUAUGGUGCUAUUGAACAAUCAUCAAAUCAACGAACUCAACGAUACGAUAAUCUGCGAAGUUCAUUCAGACGAUCGUUAAUGCAACGUCUUCCGAUUCGAAGUCGUUCCAUGAAUUUGAUAUUCAACAGGUUGGUUGGUGGUGAAUGCUGA